AUGCCGGCGAAACAUUUGGGAAAGUACUACGUUCACGGUUCAACUUUGGAAAUGAUCAUGCAGACAAUGGACUCCGGACUAGUCGUUACCACAGAAUCAAGCUUGCUGACCAGAGGCAAAAUCCAACAAGUUGGGCUAGAAGUUACGCCUGCUGACUUCAAUUUCGAGCCGACACGCUCUGUACUGCCAGGAAUCGCAGCUUGUUUGGCUCCACGAAACGUCCCACGCGAUUCUAUAUCAGACACUCUCUUGCCUUCAUUAAUGGGCGACUCGCUGACAAUGGGAACCGGACAGAUCCAGUUCGAAAGGGCUACGAGGGCGUCUACUCGACGCAAGUCAGUUCAGCGGCCGAUUGUGGAAGAUGAGGAGGGAGUAGAAGGUGAAGAGGAUGAAGAACAAUUAGACGAGAACGAAGGAGAUAGUGACUACAAACCUGCUCGGGCUUCACGAUCACAUAGUCGAGCACAAAGACGUCGUGGCUGUCUGAGUUCAGUCAAAAGGCAACAUGGAGUCCUGUGCCAACCAAAUUGUGUGUCUGCGGAGAAGCGCAUCUGCCGACGACAGGCCAGCAGAGCCAAUUUGCGACAAAGUACAGUUGCCAUGGUAUCGGGGAAUCACACUGCUCUGCGAGAGGUCAGACACCAUAGGGGAGGACGCCGGCGCCGGCGGCGCCAGUCGGACACAAGGCAAUCUUCGAGUGUGCAGCGGCUGGCUGCAACUGUCGAGGAACUAGAGCAGACAACUGGCAACAGCAUUGGUGAAGUUCUUCGAGAGAGCCUGAGAGCAGCAAGCGCAUUAGAUUGGAGCAGCGUCGAUCUCGCCGAGUUUCCAGGUGAUUUGGGUUGUAUAUAA